AUGACGCCUCUUGUUAUCCAGCCAGUCACACUCAAGGAUGUGCCGGCGCUUUCCCAGCUCUGGUAUACAUCCUUUAGUAUUCCAGUGAACUUGCGUAUGUUCCCUGAUACCCCCGGAGUUCGAGCCUGGUGGGACGAGGCCAACCGCGCCGAUCUUCUUUACAAUCCCCUUCGAGUACUAUUCAAAGUUGUUGAUCCCGCUACGACUGACUUGAUAGUCGCGUACGCAAAAUGGGACCUGAACCCGGCUGAAAGUGGCGAGCGGUUCCCGCCCUGGCAUGACGAGUCUGAUCAUGAAAUAUGCGAGCGCCUGUUUGAUGGGCUAGCUGAAGAACGGAAGAAAUUACUCGGACAUCGGAAACAUUAUUAUUUGGAUAUGCUGGUGACGCACCCGGAUUACCGUUGCAAGGGUGCUGCAUCGAUGCUGAUACAGUGGGGAUGUGAUCUUGCAGAUCAGAAUGGGGUAGCGGCAUAUUUGGAUGCCCACGUAGACGCCGCUCCCUUGUAUCGGAAAUUUGGAUUUAGGGAUCGCGAUGAUAUAGGAGUUACCUCAGACGGGGCGGUUCCAAUGAUUAGAGAGCCUCGGAAACUAGAUUAA